AUGUUAAAAGUUCCUUUGAGUGAUGUUCUUUCACAGAAGAUGCUGUUUUUAAAAAGUUUUAGAUAUUUUCAUUGCACAAAAUACUUCAGCAGAGACAAUGCAUCAUCUACCACAGAUAUAUUUCGCAACGCAAUGAAACGUAAACGUGAGCUGGCAAAUCUUAAAGAGCAAAGUCAUGGAAAUGUGGCAAGAAAUGCUGCUUUUCCUAAAGAGUAUAUUAAGCGCCCGAAACAAGUGCCAAGGAAUGCUACUAACAGGAAAAAAAUCCUGAUUACUUGGAGCACCGGGACAGAUCGAGCUAAAGAGGCAGCUAAUUCAGUUGUUAGUGAGAUAUUCAAAAAAAAUCACAAGGGAAACAUCAAAGUUGUGGAUCCCACUACCCACCGAAUUGAAGCAUCCAAUAUUCGGUAUUUUGCCAAGGGCAUUGAUCUCGAUAAAGUUGGACUCAGUAUUGUUAAUGUAGAGCAAAUCGAUAAUGAAAAUCAAAUUCCACUUGUUAAGAUAGUCGAAAGUCGUGUAGCCUUAAAAAAAUAUUCAGACUUUCUGGCUAAAAAAAAGGAAAAGGAACUGAUGGAAUUGGGAGUACUGAAUAAGUCUUACAAGAAUUUGGUGACUGAUAAAAAAGAAGAUAACUUGAAGCAUAUUAAAAUAUCAUGGCAGAUUGAAAGCGAUGAUUUAAAAAGGCAGAAGGCUCACGAAAUAGUUUCGCUAUUGAAAAAAGGGAAUAAAGUAACGUUAUAUCUUGAUGACAAGAAUAACAUAAAUUCAAACAAUUGGCUUGAAAAUUUUGAGGAGCUGGACCGCUCUCAAAAAGGUGAACCACCCAGGCUACCAGAAUCAGUUUUCCAGAAAAGAGCUGCUGUCUUGGAGACAUUGAAAGAGAUAGUUAGCGAAUAUGCUAAUGAUCCUGUUCUGCUAGGUAACAUGAACUCGAAAAUGAUAAUGAAACUUAUACCAAAGGACGUUAAACCACAAAACAACGAUAAGAGGGCGUUAAAGGAAUUGAGAAAGAAGGAGAGGCAAGAAAAAUUGCAAAAAAGGAUUCAGAGAAAAAAAAUGAAUGAAAUGUAA